AUGUUCGUUCUUCUAACUCUUGCCCUUGUCUGUGCUGCAGCAGCUUCCUCAGGUUAUGGAGCUCCGACCUAUAACCAACCGGCCCCAACAUAUAGAGGUUCGGCCCCAUCUUAUGGAAGUUAUGGCUCUUACUCUUCUGAAUCUAGUAGCAGCAGCGAAGAACACCAUAGAAGACGUUGCAAGAAGCUGAAAGAUUUGGAUAUCGACACUGCUCUCAAAUCGCGCGCUCGUGAUGCCAAAUUCUCCCCAUUGGAGAGAAAAGGAAAGCAUUACACCAAAAUCAGUUGUCCAAAUGAUGGCAAAAAAUAUGCAUUGCUCGGAGACAAGACUGGUGCUAAGGUCACUAUUGGUUCCGAUGAUAACAACAACAGUAUAGUCUUGGCAGAAGGAGUAAACAUUGACUUGGUUGCUAAAUGCAAUGGAAAACGCACCCAUGUCAAAUUAGCCAAUGGGGACCGAGUAAGAAUCAGAAAGGUUGCUUGCGUGCAAUUGGAUGGAGCAAUUACCGCAUUCUAA